CGGGGAGGAUGUACCGGCGGGAGAAGAGCCUGGCGCUGAAGGGCAGCAGCUCCGCGCUGUGCAACAACCUGAGCGUCCUGCCGCUGCCCGCCAAGCGCCUCACCUACUUCGCCACCGCCCGCGGAGGGGCCCUGCAGCUGCUCAGCGCCGCCCACGACGGCCUCGGCGUCUCCCAGCGGCAGCUGCCCGCCAAGGACGCCCUCGCCUCCCUCUCCGCCUGCAUCGUCACCCAGGCAGCCUGGUGUGUCCUCCCCUCUCGAACCCUGUUGGUGCUGACAUCGCAGAAAGGCAUCCAGAUGUAUGAGGCAGAUGGCUCCAUCAUGGUGUACUGGCAUGCUCUGGAUGCCUCGGAGUCUUCUCCAGGACAGGCGGUCUUUGCUCGUGGGAUCGCAGCCACCGGCCAGCGCUUUGUGUGUGUGGGGACCUCCCUGGGCUGUGUCCUCGUGUUUGACAUCCCCUGCAAGGGCACCAACGUCACCCUGAGUGAGGUUCUGGAAGAGCACCGUGGGGCUGUCACAGAUAUUGCUGCGGAGCUCUGUGAGCGGCCGGAAGGAAGGCUUGACCUGGUGACUGCUGAUGACUCUGGAGAGUUGUGUUCUUGGCGGUCUGGGGAGGAAUUCCAGCUGGUCUCCAAAAUCCCAGCUUCUGGGUGCUCCUGCUCCUCUGUGAGGCUGUGGAAUGGCGUGAUUGUGGCCGGCUAUGGCAGUGGGCACAUCCGUCUGUAUGAGGCAGCCAGUGGCACCCUUCGAGCGGAGGUAGCCGCUCAUGCCCGCUGGAUCUAUGCCCUGGACGUGGCUCCUCUGUCGGGGAAGCUGCUGUCGGGGGCGGAGGAUUCCUUUGUGGAGGUCUGGGGGCUGGCUUACAAUCCAGACACUGAAGAAAUUGAGAUCAAGCACUGCCAGAGGGAAUGUGUGACGGACACCCAGAUCUGUGGUGCCCGCUUCUGCGACCCAGAGGGCAGGACCUUCGCUGUCACUGGCUACGACCUCAGCGAGAUAAUCCGCUAUGUCCAGCUGUAGCGCCCACCCCCCCCCCCCAUGCAAGAAUGGUGGGACAGACUCUAAGCCUUUGGGGGCAACGUUGGCUCUCCUCUCUGCGGCUCUGGGGAGUCUUGGCUGAAAGCUCCGGGGGGGGGGGGAGGGGGCUCCACUGCUUGGCGGGAGCAGGAAUACUCAGCUUGCCUUGGACCCCUGGACAGGCCCUCAGCCCGGAAGCGGGACAGUCCGAGCCCCUGAGGCAGGGCCUGCUCCUCAUUGCCUAGGUGGAGAGCUGAAGCCGCCCCCUGCCCCGGUCCUUCCUGCUCGCCCUGCCAGCAUUGCACCACUCCGGGGGGAGGGGGGGCUAAGGGGGACAAUGUGAGGGAAGGGAUAAGCUGCCAUCUUGCAGGGUAAUAAAUGUAGAAAUAAAUGUAAUUUAAAAGUG